AUAAAAGUGGCGCGAGAGCGCGCGCGCUCGCAGUGUAACACGCGCCACCGCGACGCGCGGGUGUAUUAUUAAUGAUACAGUGAUGACCCACAACAUGGACGGGCCGGUCAUGCACGACGACGAAGGCAUCGCCACCGACCGCCAUCCGCCGGCCUCCGACGACCAUGACCAGGACCUGUCCGACGCGGCUUCCGACGCCGGCUCCGGCGGGAAGGACUCCGGCUGCGAAGUCGCCCCCGACGCCCAGGAGCCGCCCUACACGCCGCCCGACGAGGAGCUCGCCGCCCGCAUCGUCGCACAAGUCGAGUUCUAUUUCUCCGAUGCCAACAUCACCAAGGACGCCUUCCUGCUCAAGCACGUCAGGCGCAACAAGGAGGGUUACGUCUCCCUCAAGCUUAUAUCUAGUUUCAAACGCGUCAAACACCUCACGAAGGACUGGAGAGUGGUCGCCGAAGCUUUGAAACGAUCCACCAAGUUGGAGAUCAACGAGCAAGGGACGAAGCUGCGUCGGACGGAGCCGCUGCCCCCUUACGACGAGACCACUCCCUCCCGGACCGUGGUGGCCGUCCGGAUGCCCAUCGACCGUCCGAGUGUGGAAAACGUGUCCCGGCUGUUCGCUCCUUGCGGUGAAAUCGCUCUAGUGCGCGUGCUCCGACCCGGGAACCCGGUGCCGGCGGACGUCCGGCAGUUCCUGAACAAGAAUCCAAGUUUGGUGAACUGUGUGUGUGCGUUAGUAGAGUUCACAGAGUCGGAGUCGGCCAGGGAAGCUCUGCGUCUGCAGAGCCCCGAAGAAGACGGCAUGAAGGUAUACGAAUUGAACGGUGUGCCGAGAGAACCGAAGAGGAAGGCGCCGGUGCGUCGCGCGCCCGUGCGGCGGCACGAGUGCGAGUACUCGUCCUGUUGCAGCGGCUCCGAGCCGGAGUACGAGUACAGAUACGGCGCGCCCUUCUACCGGCGCAGCUCCAGCGGGUACUUCGCGCCGCGCUCGCCGGAGAUACAGACUUGGGUGCCUCGGAGGGCGUCGACCUGCAGUCACAGUUCGGACUCGGGGGUGUCGGUGUACUGUGGAUCUCGUCGCACGUCGCAGGUCAGCACGGGCAGCGCUAGCAGCGCGGAGGGCUGGCUGGCGAGGCGGUUGUCGGGCUGCUCGUUGAGCGGCGGCGAGUGCGGGCGCCGGUUGUCGUACGCGCCGCGUUUCGAGUCGCGGGCGCCGCUGGUGCCGGACGGCACGCGCGGCUUCCACGCGGCCGCUCGCCAGCGCCGCAUCUCGGACCUCGCGCUGUACUCGCGCUAGAAAGCGCUCGCCAACCGUGACACCUUUCUAAUCGCGUUGGAUAACCGCCUUUCACGUUCGACGAGGAAGCGAAUGAAUUGUGAUCGCGUGUGUCGGUAGUCGUAAGGACCGUUUUCCUAUGACGGAGUUUCGGAGCGAUCCGCUCCUAGAAUUGUGAUCGAGUAAGCUCAUUUAGUUGAUAAGGAAGCUGUGUUUUAAAUGUUAAUUUAUAACGUGUAUCGCUGAAGGUGUAAUUUAUUUAGUGUUAUUUAUUGUAGGUCGUGUAUUUAUUGCGUGGUCGCGCGCGCGCCGCGGUCGGGUUUUCAUCGGUGCUGUGUUAGUUGUGGCACAAAAUAACAUGAAGCAAAUCUCCGUACCUCGAUCGUAGACUCGUCGACGUUAGCAGGAGACGGUUCGAGUCGGAACAGAUUCGAGACGGUUGCGCAAGAGCCAUGGAAAUGUACAUAAUUAACAUGUGCGUUGAGUAAAAGGCUCGGCCCGUCUCCUCUACUCUAUGACACAUAGCUGCGACGCGUAAGGCGGCUUACUAACAUUUCGACAUGAUAUUUUUUUUGUCAUAAACUAAAUAAGUCACUAAUUAUUUUAAGUCAGCCGCGCCAUGUCAUGUUUCCCAUUUAAGUUUUUAAUUUUAUAAAUAUUAGCGUUAAGCGUUGUGAUGUAAUUAAUGUAUAUAGGUUUAUUACGCGAGAAAUGUGAAUUAUUUGUAUUUAUUACCUACCCGUAAUGAGGAGGCGUCGAUUUUUCUAUAUUUAGUUUUCUAGCACAAUUUCGUUUUGCUUUUAAACAUUUUUGCCUCCUCAUUUUUUUUUUGUAUUGAAGAUGAUCUAGUUUUUAGCGUCUGUAAUAUAUAAGUUCUUUUUUGGAGAA